GUCGGUUAUCAGCGGCAAAAAUCGGUUGCAUUUAAACGGACGCAGCGAUAUGAACAUUUGGAAAGGAAAAGUGUUAACAGAUGUACCGUUCGGGCAUGUUCUGGUCUUUAGUGGAAUUGUGAAACCGAACCCAAAUAAAAUCUCAUUGGAUUUGACAGACAACAUCAAUGCGAAAAAUGAAAGCGAAACGGUUUAUUUAAAACUCGAAGCAAAUUUUCGAGAAAAUCAAAUAAUUCGCUCUAUGUUUCAACCUGGUGAAGGUUGGCAACAGGAAGAAAUAUCAAAGAAUUGGAAAUGUGAAGGACCCAAGAAUCCUCUGGUGCCAGGUCAAACAUUUACUUUCCGCAUUGCCGUCUUACAGAAAUGUUUCGAAAUUUAUGUUAACGAUAACAUUUAUGGUACAUUUGAAUUUGUUAAAUUCCCUAAGCAAAUUCAAUAUGUCAUGAUUUAUGGAGAUUUUGAGAAGAUAACACAAUUCCAUCACCGCAUGUUGUUUCCGCUCGUCUUUCCCAAGAGUUUGAUAUGCACCGAAAAGUUGGCAUUUCAAAGUGAUGUGCCACGGAAAUAUGAGGCGGGAACUGUGGUUGCCAUGGAGUGUAUCGCCAAAGGACCACCGACGACAGAAUUUUCUAUUUGUUUUCAGUGCAAUGACACCGGACGUGUUAUAUUAAAAUUCCAUGUGAAUUUCAAUACCGCCACUGUAAUACGCAGCUAUCAGAGAGAAGAUUGCAGCUACUCUCCUGAUGAUGAAGAAACCGAGGGUGAAUUUCCAUUUCAGCGUGGCAAAUUAUUUAAAAUUGCAUUUGGUAUUGGAGACAAGGCAUUCAUAAUAGCAGUAAAUGGUCAAUACUUCACCUAUUACAACUAUCCGGUUCGUUGUUUCUCAAUAUCCACGUUGAAAUGUCUUACGAAUCAGGUUGGUGAUUUCCAAGUUCGUAGUAUUGAAUAUCAUUCGGAUUCACCGCUAUUGGCUCGCGUAGAAAAGUUAUCAUUGAUUUAAGAUAAUAAUCGACGAAAUAUGAAAUUGCAUU